AUGGUCCUUCCCUGGAAAUUUCUUUUGACCACUUCUGCCGUCAUCUCCACUGCAUUUGGUGCCACAGGUUUCGCCAGCGAUUGUAAUCCAAUAGAAUCGACAAAUUGUGGUUCCGAUGUUGCUUUAGGUACCAGUGCCAAAUUGGAUUUCAAGAGCGAGUCCCCACUUUUCAGCGUCAAAGGAGGAUCCUCCAGAAUCAAUUACACCUCAGAAGGAUUGAAAGAAUGGUUUGAAGAUCACGGCGACUCUCCAUCCAUCGGCUCUAAUUUCUAUAUCAUGUACGGUAAAGUGGAAAUCAGUUGUAAGAUCGCCCCAGGUCAAGGGAUGAUCACCGAUUUCUUUUUACAAUCAGAUGAUUUGGAUGAAAUCGAUUUCGAAUGGCUUGGUGCCGAAGAAACCCAAAUUCAAACCAAUUAUUUCGGUAAAGGGAAUCUUACUUAUACCGGGGCAAGUAGAAGUACUAUCUACGAAACCAAAAAAAACUUGACUUCCGAAUAUCACACUUAUACCAUCGAAUGGACUGAAACUAAACUUACUUGGUCUUUUGAUGGUAAGGUCAUUGCUACUGUGGUUGCUGCUGACGUUUCUAAUGACGGAGCUCAUGACUACCCUGCUUCUCCAAUGAAGGUUUUCCUUGGGUUAUGGGCCGGUGGUGACUCUACUAGUUCUGGUACUGUUAGCUGGGCCGGUGGUUCUACUGUCAUGUCUGGGGUUCCAUACAUUUAUAAUGUCGAAUAUCUUUCCGUGGUCGAUUAUUCAACUGGUAGUAGUUACAGUUAUUCUACUGAUAAAAAGGCCACCAUUAGCUCUAACGGAGGUAAAAUCAACGGCAAUAAGGAUGGUUCAUUGCCUUCUGAAUAUACCACACCUGCUCUUAACGGUGCUACUUCUACUUCAUCUACCAAAACCUCCAGUACAUCUACCAAGACUUCUAGUACCACCUCCAAUACUUCUACCAAAUCUACUGGCUCUACUUCCAGUACUUCCACCAAGACUUCUAGUACCACCUCUAAUACUUCUACCAAAUCUACUAGCUCUACUUCCAGUACUUCUACUAAAGCUUCUAGUACUAAUUCCAGUACUUCCACUAAGGCUUCUAGUACAACUUCCAGCAGCUCAAAUAAGUCUUCUAGUACUGCUUCCAGCAGCUCAAAUAAGUCUUCUAGCACUGCUUCCAACAAGUCUUCUAGCACUAGUACUUCCAAAUCAGAAUCAAGCACUACUAAGUCUUCAAGCUCCUCUUCAUCAACCACCACCAAGGCCGCUUCAACUUCUACUGAUUUCGUGCAUUGGAAUAGUACCACUGUCAUCACCACCACUCAUUGUUCAAACAACGUUUGUUCUAAAGUCACUACCACCGCACCAGUGUUACAUACCCUGACCGAUAUCGUGAGAGUUAACGAGACCGUCAUCGCUACUACCACUCAUUGCUCUAACAACGUGUGUUCUAAAGUCACCACCACUUCACCAGUUGCGUCUACCCUGACUGACAUCGUGAGAGUCAACGAGACCGUUGUUGUUACUACCACCCAUUGUUCAAAUAAUGCUUGUUCCAAAGUAUUAUCUACUUCAAUCGGUACCUCUACUAGUACUUCCACUAAAGCUGUGACCACUGAAUCUACUGAUGUUAAAAGUUCUACCGUCGUGGUCCAUGUUAGUGGUAGUACUAAAAUCACUUCAACUAAAUCUUAUGCUGCUGCCACAGUUACCGUUUCUGGAUCUUCUGCAACCCUUGAUGCCACCGAUAAGACCUCCUCAUUAUCCAGCACAACCUCUUCUACAGAGGCCACGACAACUAAAGCUUCCACUGAAGCCACGACAACUAAAGCUUCCACUGAAGCCACGACAACUAAAGCUUCCACCGAAGCCACGACAAGUAAAACUUCCACAACUACUGCUAAAACCACCGGUAAGACAAUCUCUGGCUCUCCAACAGUUGUCCAUGGCAAGACUUCUGCAGUUUCUUAUGUUGUUAGCUCCUCCGAUGAUACCAGCACCACCAUUUCCACUCUCUACUACUCUUUUACUCAUUCGGAUUACGUUACAGUUCAUCUUAGUUCCACAAAGACCUCUUCCACCAAAGAAAAAAGUGCGACACUUGAUGCUGCUCAUUCCACAUCUUCAAUUCAUUCAGUAUACACUUCAUCUACUACUACUGCCAAUUCAACAAUAAUAUCUAUUAACAGUGCUCGGACAUUGUACAUCAGAGAGACUAAUGUCUUGAUGCUUGGAGUCGUUGGUUUAGUGUUCGUUUUGUCAGUUAUUAUUAUUUAG